AUGACAGAUGAGAACAAAGAAACGGCAACGACACAGACGUCUAAAGGUCCUAUUUUUGGCACGACAGUUACUGUAGAGUUCGCAGAGGAAAAACUGAAGGAGUAUUUUAAAACCAACAGUGUGUUUGGUCCAAAUUUCAAAAUAGUUCGUGUCGGAGUUGGGCAGGGAUUCAUGUCUGUAGUAGCUAGAAUCUGGCCUGACUGGAAGCCAGAAAACAAGAAUCUUCCCAACACUCUUAUCGCAAAAAUAUCUAGUAUGGCAACUGCAGACCAAGUAAUCAACGAUAAACGGUACAUUGAAAAGGGAGGCAUUUUUGGAGAUCAGUCGUCUGUGUUAGAUAAAAUGCAGAAAACCCUUAGUCGAGCACACAAUUCAGAGGUGGACUUUUACAAUUCAGCUAAGCAAUAUGGUUUUCAAAUAAGAAUUCCAGAGGUUUAUUUUGCCGAGCCGUAUUCUGAAAAUUGCAAACAAGGUUACUUGCUAAUGCAGGAUUUAGGAGAAGACGCUUUCGUCAUACCUCAGUACCAAAGAACAACAAUUGAGGAAGCCAAACAAGUAGUAAAACAAAUAGCAGUCUUUCACAGUUAUUCUUUACAACAUCCCGAACUACUUAGUAUAGGAAAAUUGGCUUUUCACGAGCUUAUUAAGGAACUGGGCGAUUCAGAAGAGAUGCUUACAAGUACUGUAGAAAUGUUCAAGAAGUCAACGAAUGCUAAGGUUAGAACGGCCUGCGAAGAGCUGUCUAAAGAACUCAGUAAUGUCCUGGAUGCACAGUUUCUCUCAACUCUAAAUGAAGAAUGCGGUUUACCUUUAAUUCUAACUCAUGGCGAUCUUUGGUCUUCAAAUAUAAUAUGGAAGUAUGAGGACAACAACAGAAAACUUGCUGGUAUUGUUGACUGGCAGAUAAUUCACAAGGGGUGUGCAGCAGAUGACCUGUUGCGCUAUUUCGCAUCAGCUCUCAGUCCUGCAGAUCGACGACAACAUUUUGACGAACUGCUUCAGUAUUAUUACGAAGAAGUAGAAAGAAGUUUUGGUUCACCGCUGCCAUUUACCGUAUCACAACUGAAAAAGUCGAUGAUUCGAAGUUUGCCGUUCUCGAUGGUACUUGUUUUGGUAGCGUUCGGCCCACUAUCUACUGUCCAAAUAGAGGAAAAGUACCCUAACAAAAAGGAGGAAUAUAUGAAAAACUGUGAAGAAAACGUUCUUGGAAUAAUUGAGGAUGUUUUGUACUACACCAAGCUUAACUCUCAAAGCUCUUAG